AUGAACAAAAGAUCCAAUCUUCCAUACUCCACCCAGGAUCUCUUCCCACGAGUAGAACACGAUCCCGUGAGUCUCGUUGACAAUUCUCGUUCUAUGAGGUCAUCACUGCUUGUUACAGCUAAUUCAGACCCCAUAGCACCAUCGCAUAGACAUGGCUUCACACCAAGAAAGAACAUUCAACGGCUAAAAAAGAUGCUUAGGCGAUUGUUUAAGCCGAACUCCCUAGAUUUUGAAACUGCCAUCUGGGAAAUCUUCAAUUUGAUCUUCAAUCCUAGAAAAUUGUACCGCUCGCAUUACUACUAUAAACAACAACUGACGGGGAAUAAAGUGAGUUAUACUCGAGAUGAUCCGUCUUUUCUUAUCCUACUUACCGGAUUCUUGUCUAUCAGUGCAAUUGCAUGGGGUCUCGCUUAUAGUCCAAGUGCCUGGGAGAUAAUCAAGCUCAUUGUCUACAUGGUGAUGGUUGAUUUUUACUUGACGGGAGUGGUCAUAGCCAGUAUAUUUUGGCUCGUAAUGAACUGGACUUACAAUAACACUUUUGCAAUGAUGGGAGAUGCCAGUCGCUUCAAUGUCAACUACAUCGAAUGGGGGUUCUGUUUCGAUAUCCAUUGUAAUUCCUUUAUUGUAAUCUGGUUGUCGUUGUAUCUCCUCCAGUUCAUUCUAUUGCCGGUACUCACCAUAGAAAAAUCGUUCACCUCACUACUCGUUGGUAAUUCUCUCUACUUUGGUGCAGUGGGACAUUAUUUCAUUGUCACUAUGUAUGGGUUCACUUCGAUUCCAUUUGUUGGGAAUCUGUACACCGGUGCUAAUGAAGAAUCAAGCCAUGAAAAAUUGUUACAACGAGGACUUCUCUUUGGUAUCUUGCCGUUAUUAGCCAUAGGCUGGCUCCUCACUGUGGUUCUAGGAAUAAACGUGGCAACAGUGAUGGUAAAAACUUACUUUAGUUGA